CGUCCAUCUUGAAUACAGUAAGCCAACGGUGACUGACAGGAACGGAGAGGAAAAUCGCGAUAAAUUGGGUUCCGACCGCUCUAAAAAGUCAACCGACCGCGAGCACCGGGACAAUACAUAUUGAAGGAUUACAUUUAGUGACAUUAUCUGGCAAUUCCUUCUCAUUUUUGGCGUCAUAUUCCCGACGGGGCUGUUAAAGUUAUUUCGUGCCAAGCUUUAUUCAGCCGUCGACAUCUCUUAGUUUAAAACGACUGUUUGUUUUAACUACCUACCUUAGCAGUUCUGGAGAAGCUUUGUGAGGUCGGGAAUUGCAGGUUCGAGUCAUUUACACCCGAAGGGAAUGUGGAAAUAGCGCGUUUGGCCAUAUUUAAGUCCUUCACUGUCAACUUGAUCUCGCGCUUGCGCUGAAUCGUGCGCGUGACCCCAUUUAUCUCACUUUAUCUAUGAUCUGUUGUACUACAUAUAUUUAAAUAUUAAGCGAAGUAAGCGUGAUGUGUAAAUAUCGUUUUUGGGAUGUUAAUUCCAUUUUUAUCUCCGUGAAUGUGCAUGCAUUUAGUGAACUGCCAUAGACUUUUAAGGUGGUUUGGAAGCAUUGCUCAGUUCCUUUGCAUUAACAACAAUGUUUUGAUCUGUAUAUUUUAUGGCGGGUUCUAUGCAUAGGUUGUCCAGUUGUUCUGAUCACUGGGGUUGGGAGCUGGCCCAUUUACUGAAACAGCUUAUUGAACGGGCUCGUUUAUUCUGAGCGCAAGACUAGGGCAACAUUGUAUAGAUACAGUAUUCGUACCCAUUGGAGUUUCUUAUUGAUAUGGGUUUUAAAGCAAACUGCAUGGACAGUCAUAGAUCACUUUAUUUGUAAAAGCUCGUCUGCUUUGAAUGAACUAUCACCAGUGGACACUUGAUGACUUUUCUAAAUCACUGAAGCUGAGGACUAUAAACUGGAAUUGGAUUUGUGCAUUGCCAUAUAUCACUGACUCGGUGACAUGGAUGUGUUUCACUGACUGCUGAUCAGUGGUUCGAGGGGAAACUUGGAUGCAAAGACUUUUGGAUUUUGUAGGACAAGACAGAAGAUUGAAAAAUGGGACCUGCAACGAAGCUAGCGUUUGGAGUGUUCCUCAUUUCCUGCUCCUCAGGUGCCAUUCUCGGCCGAUCAGAGACACAAGAGUGUGUGUUCUACAACUACAACCCCAGCUUGGAGAACCGAGGAAACCGCAGCGGUAUUGAGUCUUGCGUGGGAGACAAGGACAAGAGGCUUCAUUGCUUCGCAACUUGGCGAAAUGUUUCAGGAUUGGUUGAAAUAGUAAAGCAAGGCUGCUGGCUUGAUGAUAUCAGCUGCUAUGACAGCACUGAGUGUGUUGAAAAAAAGGAGGACCCGGAUGUGUUCUUCUGCUGCUGUGAGGGCAACAUGUGCAACGAGAAAUUCUUCUACAACCCUGAAAUGCCGCCAGUUCAGAGUAAGGCUCCCUUCAGCGACACAAACAGCAAAGUCUUUAAGGCAACAUCUAACCCCUUCACUCAGAAGCCACCACUGUUCAGUACUGUUCUGUACUCCAUCGUACCCAUCAUGGGCAUCGCGACCAUUGUCCUGCUCUCCUUCUGGAUGUAUCGACAUCACAAGCUAGCAUAUCCGCCUGUUCUGGUGCCUACCCAGCACGCCUUUCAUAUAAUGAUAGAGGACCCUGGACCCAUGCCGCCGACUCCCACCCUGGUCCAGAAGCCACUGCAGCUGUUGGAAAUCAAAGCUAGGGGGCGCUUUGGCUGUGUGUGGAAGGCUCAGCUGCUUAGUGACUAUGUGGCAGUGAAGAUUUUCCCCAUUCAGGACAAGCUCUCAUGGCAGAGCGAGUAUGACAUCUACAAUCUCCCCGGCAUGAGGCAUGAAAACAUUCUGCAGUUCAUCGGGGCAGAGAAGAGAGGAAGCCACCUGGACAUUGAGCUGUGGCUCAUCGCGGCUUACCAUGAGAAGGGCUCCCUGACAGACUACCUAAAGGCAAACGUAGUGACGUGGAAUGAGCUGUGUCACAUCGCUCAAACCAUGGCUCGGGGCCUGGCUUACUUGCACUCUGACUUCCCAGGACACAAAGACGGCCACAAACCGGCCAUCGCACACAGAGAUAUUAAGAGCAAGAACGUGCUGCUGAAGACAAACCUGACGGCCUGUAUAGCUGACUUUGGUCUGGCUUUGAAGUUUGAAGCAGGGAAGUCAGCUGGGGACACACAUGGGCAGGUGGGAACCAGACGUUACAUGGCCCCAGAGGUGUUGGAAGGGGCCAUCAACUUCCAGCGAGACGCUUUCCUCAGGAUAGACAUGUAUGCGGUGGGACUGGUGCUGUGGGAGCUGGCGGCCCGUUGCACUGCAUCUGAUGGUCCAGUGGAUGAGUACAUGCUUCCGUUUGAGGAGGAAGUGGGCCAACACCCCACUCUAGAGGACAUGCAGGAGGUGGUGGUCCACAAAAAGCUUCGGCCCACUCUCAGGGAGUGCUGGCAGAAACAUCCGGGUCUGGCCAUGCUGUGUGAGACUAUAGAGGAAUGCUGGGACCACGAGGCUGAGGCGCGUCUCUCCGCGGGCUGCGUUGAGGAGCGUGUGAUCCAAAUGCAGCGGCAGACCAGCGUCCCCGCCCCGGAGGAAAUAGUCACUGUUGUAACCAUGGUGACCAACGUGGACUAUCCCCCUAAGGAGUCCAGUCUAUGACUAGAGGAUAUCAGCAUGUGAAUUGCGGGGCUGACCGAACAGAAAAGACGCGUCGGAGAUGGUGGUGGACUGCAGUUCUGACGGCUGGCUUCAGACAUGCUGGAUGAUUGUCCUGUACUUAAGGCUGGAGCAAAUGCAGAUGAUGCAUUUUGUGCCGAAUCUGGGUUUAAUACAGGUUUACCUGGAGCAAGCUACGUUAUUGUAUUUGUGUGUGUAUAUAAACUAGUACCACGGGGCACUCUGGUAAGGACGGAUGGAUUAUAAGCCGACAUCAAAAGUGAACCUCUUUGUUGUUGUUUUUCUGCUCGGAGAAUAAGCUUUCACAUUCAAGGAGUAAACAAGACUCCUCCUCCGCCACAGCGCUCGUGUCAUUUCAGUAUAAAAAGGGCAACGUCCAUGUAAAAAAGACACAUUUAAUGUGUUCGUAUGAAUGACUAUUAUAAUGCCAAUAAGAAACAGCUUUUUGAAUGUGUAGUGUGACGCUGCUGUACAGAUAUCAACAGAAAGGGUGAUGAUACAACCCAAAUCAACACGUGUUUUCUCUGAAAGCUUUCAGAGUUUCUGUCAGAUAACCACCAACCUCUCGACAAGGUAUACCUCAGUUUCUCAUCCUAAUAAUACAUUUGUUUUGUAACACUAUAUGAUAUAAGAAAAGAGGCUUUUCGAUGAACUCCAUUUGGCACGGAAGCUUUUUAAAUACGGGGAAAACUUUUUUUUAUAUGACAGAUUAUGCCAAGAAACGAUGGCCAUUCAUAAACCAGUGUUCUGCCUUCUUUCUUUUAGUUGUUCUCUGUGUUGCCCUGCUGUUUAAAAUGUGAUCCUUUUGGGGGUUUUUUAGCAUUGUGACUGUUUGUUUGUUAAAGCAAUUUUUGACCUUUAUCGAGACCUGUUGAGAAGAAAAAAAUCCCUGAAAAUAUGAAUUUUGUGAAAAUAAUACAGAAGCACUUACCAAUAUAGGUUUGCAGUGUCCUCACAACAUUGACGUAUGUGCAUGCCUUGUUUUCUUUUCUUCUUCUUUUUUGGUUCAUUUUUCAUUUUCUUUGUUUUUCAAUCCUUUAUCACGUGGAGCUUGUGCGUGAGAUCCCAUUAGCAGUCAUGGAAACCCCUUCAUUAUUUGUUAAUCUGAAGUUAUUUCCUGUCUUCAGGGCGUCACUCUUUUUCUUUCAUUUCCAUUUUCAUUGGGAAUCAUCCAAUCUUGGUCUUCUACGGUCUUCUCACUCUCCGCUUCUGUGUCGUUGCGAGUAGAAGACCGCCCUUGUGCGCUGCAUUUGAACCAGCCUUCUCAUGAAGCCCGACCUCACGAGUGACACGUCAAACUGGUUUCAGAUCAGCAGCCAGGCGACCUUCUACACACUUCUACAAGAACUGUAUCUCAGUAUGUCUCAGGAAGCGUUUCCCUUUGCUUUGAGCCCUCUGGUGCCAUUCUGGUGACCCUUGUUAUAUUAUGUAUGCAAGGGCCGUUAAUAUAACACCUUAUUAGUGUGGUCAAAUUAUGUGCAAUAACAUCCUAAGCAGGGACUGUUUCACAGCUCACAGGCCACUUCCAGUGUGGUAGAAAUACAAGCACCUAGCAGUUUGCUUAGACCAUAAUGUACAUCACAAACUGAAGUCAACGUCAGGCUAUGCAUAUGACGCACGUUGUCUGAGAGUAUUAAGAUAAUAAUAUGCUGUAAUGGGGACCGAACACAUGCAGUAACUCUUUGCCGACAGGCAAACACAGUCUUUCAAAAGAAAGCUGCUGCUGCUGCUUUUAGGCUUCGUUCACACUGCACUUGAAUCCAAUUUUUAUUUUCAGAUUCGAUCUUUGGAUCGACUGUCAUUUUGUGAGAAAUUUGAUCCAUUUGUUCGGACAGUGUAGUCAAUAUCCGUCCCAAUAUCAGUCAUUACCAUCACAUUGCAUCCCAGAUGAUGAAAAAACUGCUCUAAUCUGACUGUUCACACUGAAACUGAUAUUAAUCUGACAUCAGUGGCUCAUUCAGUGGCUCAUUUUGCUUUCAAUAUUAGUCACAUUGCAUCCUUAAUGGUGAAAACUGACAAUUCAGGCUGAAUGCAUUUCUGAAAAUCUGAUUUAAAACCACAUAUUCAUGUGAUUUGUAUCCGUUUUGUAAAAAUCUUUGUUUUCCCCCCAUUCAGACUACAAACAUCUAAACUGAUUUGAAUCAGAUACUAAAUCAGAUUUAUGCUGCCUGUCUGAACAAAUGAUC